UAUAUUUCUAACGUUAUUCUCUCUCUGAAUCUCUAAUUAGGUUAUGCCAGAGUGAUGGAGUUCCCGACGAAGAAAUUAAACCUUCUAAAUUAAGAACUCCAAACUUACACCCAACUCUACUGGUUCGAAGUUUCAGUUUUACUCCAAUCUCUUCCAAUCCUAUCAACACAUUUCACUUAGGGCUCUACCAAUUAAACUCAUUAAGAUUACUCAGGGACAAGUUACCUAAAAAGCCAAAAAAGAAGAAGGAAAUAGUGCAGGCAGAGGUUUAUCUUCCAUGCAAAGAAGACUGCUUUUGUUAUUGAGCGUGCAUAAUCUUCGAAUGACGGCUUAUGUUGCUGACGGAGUCAUCGUGUACGAGGGGCAACCAUCUAUUGACUGAACUGCCAAUGCUCCUCAGUCAUUGUUGACAGGGAUGAACCUUUUCCUAUCUAAAAUCCGGUGCAACAUGACCAAACGAAGCACGUGGAAAUUGAUGGGAACCUCAUCUGUGAAAAAUUCGAAGAAAACAUUAUUGAAGUAUGAUAUGUUCGUACGACACAACAAUUUCCAGUAAUCAACGGCUUACAUUGGAGAGACACAUUUCUUCACAACCUACAGUCAUCAUAGUAGAAUUGUUGUUGUAGAAUUCUUGUUGGUUGUUUUGUUUCUCUAUAAAAGGUUAUCACUUCCGAUCACUCCUCUACAUAUAACAUUUUUUGUCACCUCUUGAUCACUCUAGCCAGGAAACAUGGUGGUUGGAGCAGUUAAUGUAUGUGAAUUCCAAGAGUUAGCCAAAAAAGUUCUUCCAAAGAUGCAUUACGAUUUCUUUACUGGAGGCGCAGAGGACGAACACACAUUGAGAGAAAAUGUGGAAGCAUUUUGCAGAAUCACGCUUCGGCCAAGAGUUCUUAUUGAUGUGAGUAGAAUAAAUCUAUCAACAAACAUAUUGGGUUACGAUAUGUCAUCGCCAAUUAUGGUUGCUGCAAUUGCAUUUCAAAACUUAGCUCAUUCUGAAGGAGAAGUUGCAACAACCAAAGCCGCAGCUGCAGCUAAUACGAUUAUGGUCUUAUCCACUACCUCGACUUGCACGAUAGAGGAGGUUGCUUCAAGCUGCAAUGGUAUUCGGUUCUUCCAGUUAUACGUAUACAAAAGAAGGGAUGUUUCAGCUAUACUAGUGCAGAGAGCUGAAAGAAGUGGAUACAAGGCUAUUGUAUUAACGGUAGAAACUCCAAAACUUGGUCGAAGAUGGGCAGACAUAAAGAAUAAGAUGGUUGCACCAGAAUUGAAGAACUUCGAUGGUCUUUUGUCAACUGAAGUGGUUGAUGAGAACGGAUCAAAACUUGAAGCUCUAUCCUCUCAAGUGCUUGAUUCUUCUUUAAAUUGGAAUGACAUAGGAUGGUUGAAAUCUAUAACAAACUUGCCAAUUAUUCUCAAGGGGGUGCUCACCUCUGAAGACGCUAUAAAAGCUGUAGAAGCAGGGGUAGCUGGGAUUAUUGUAUCAAACAAUGGAGCUCGUCAACUUGAUUUUGUUCCAGCCACAAUUUCUGUUCUUGAAGAGGUUGUGCAAGCUGUUGGAGGAAGGAUUCCCAUUCUGUUUGAUGGGGGAAUUCGACGUGGAACUGAUGUUUUCAAAGCUUUAGCCCUUGGAGCUCAAGCGGUUCUCGUUGGCAGGCCAGUGAUAUAUGGGUUAGCAGCAAAGGGACAAAACGGGGUAACACGUGUCAUCGAGAUGCUGCAAGAUGAACUUGAACUAACCAUGACCCUAUGUGGCUGCCGUUCUGUGAAGGAUAUAACGAGGAAUCAUGUACGCACAGAACGUGAUAGAUUGCGGUCGCUGCUCUAAAUACCAUGGAAACAACUCUUAUCAUAUGUUAAAGCAAUACACCAGCUGAAUUGUUCCAGGGUGCCAGCUCCUUCAAUUAAGAGCGAUGAAUUUUAAUAAUUAUUUUUUAGUUUUUUGAGUUUGUGGAGUCUGACUGAGCGUUUGUGUGUGUGGGUCUAUUUCCCUGUUAAAUGGUUUUCUGAUCUCAAACAUUAUCUGAAAAGGCCGGCUUAUAUAUUUCGUUUGCAAGUUGCAAAUAGCCCGUCGUGCUAUCGCACCAAGUCAAAGCAAUUUCUCA